AUGGGGCGGAUUGGCCGAUUGUGCGGUGCAAUGGCAGAUGUGCAGUGGUACCAGGUGACCCGCAUGACCCAACUUCGAGUCCCGGUCGGGCGCGAGGUGGCCCGAAACCUUCGCUGGGCACCGUCUGGCCUCCUCGUGUCCACACAGACCGACUUGGUCGACCGAUACUUCUGGCGUCAGCCUCAUCUUGGCACUCGUCGGUCUUUGGUCACCGAGUUGCCAACCACUACGCCCAGUCGCCAACCAAGAGGAUUGAGUCUCCAACUGGAGUGCACUGGGCGACCGGUCGAUAGGCAUUACAACGAAGGGACGCUAUUACCGGACAAUGAUAGGUCACUGAGAGUACAGAUGCCUAUGCAUCCACCUGGAGUUAUACGAAGUGUAUCUGCGUCUAAUUACAGACCGUCUAUCCGUUGCGAAGACAGGCAGACGAGGUGUUCUCCAGACUCCUCUUGCCUCCUGCAGCCUCGGCCUGCUCUACCCCACCUCGACACGUGCCAGGUCUGCGGAUGCCGGAGGGGAGGGGCGGCGACUGGCCAGAUUGGCAGAGCUCAUCUUCAUCCGGCGCCUUCAGACCGGCCGAAAGGCCCUCGACGUGUCACCGAGCCACGAUGUGGACACGAGGUGGACUCUUCGCGUCGGGUGUUGGCAUGGCGAGGCCGAGCUCGACGGUUCGAGACUGGACGGGAAGAUGAUCCAGGGCUGUAG